AUGGUGAAGAUAUUCGUUGGGAACCUGAAUCCACAGUCCAAAGCAUCUGACCUCCGUAAGAAAUUCGAGGCAUUCGGAAAAGUCACAGAAUGUGAUGUAGUUAACAACUUUGGCUUCGUGCACAUGGAGAAAGAGUCCGAAGCUGAGGCAGCUAUAGCAGGUCUCCAGAACGCUUUUCUCGAUGGAGUCAAGAUCAAUGUUGAGCGAAGUCACGGGAAACGUGGUGGGGGUCCUGGGCCUGCGAGGCGUAAAAACGAUGGUCGUUAUCGUGAUUAUCCUACGGAAAGAGGUCAGCGUGGACAGCCUCCUCCUCGCUACAUGAACUCCGGUCCUCCACCUCCACGAAUGGGUCGUUAUGGCCCUGCUUGGAUGGAUGGUUAUAGUGGUCCGUAUGGUCCGCCUCCGCGUAGCAGUUCACGGGGUUACGACUACCCUACAAAUGGUGCUAAUGGUAGAUAUCCACCAGCUGACCGUGGGGAGCCGCCCAGGUCAAUGGCUAGAGGUCCAAGUCGAGAGCCCCUGCCGCCACCGCACGGUUCCGGGUACCGCGGACCUCCCCCUCCUGAACCCAUCUCUCCUGUCAGAGACUACCCCUCAAAGCCUGCUCCCCCAAGGUCCAGUUAUGAUGGGUAUGGAGAUUAUGAUCGGUACCGAGAGCUACCACCCCCUUCUGGGCCAUCGCGAGCAAGUGACUAUUAUGACACUUAUGGAAGCUACAGCAGUGGGAAUUAUGACGACUACAGGGAUAGUGACAGAGGAAUGUCAAAUUAUGAUUCUGGCUACGACUACAGUUAUUAUGAUUACGGCAUGGAUAGCAGAUCUCCCGCCCCACCAAGAUCAGGGAAAUAUUCUGAACUGAACAUAAGAAAUUACUGCAACCAAACAUCAGUUAGUAUCCAUUUAUGGUAA